CACUCCAAGUCACACUCCAACCCCCAUACUCCCCCCUUACUAUGCACCUCCGGCACGUGACGACGCUGGCGGGGAGCAAGAAGCGCGACCACCGUGUGGACGCACUGGCGUUUGCGGGCAACAACAUGCGGCUGGCGGCUGCGACAGCCGACCGGGUCGUCCACCUGUUCGACCCUGCGUCUGGAGAGCGGAAGGACAAGUUUGCUACCAAACCAGGUGGUGGCAAGGGUGCGGCCAAGUCGUACAAGGUCGUGGCUAUGGCCUUUUCACCAGACUCGACCAAGCUCGCCAUCGCCCAGUCAGACUCGACGGUCUUUGUCUACAAACUUGGCGCAGAGUGGGGCGCCUCAAAGGCGAUCUGCAACAAGUUUGCCGCUGCAGCGCCGCUGACGGCCCUGGUCUGGCCAGCGCUUCGGCCAAAUGAGCUUCUCUUUGGCGACGCGUCCGGUGCGGUCAAGGUUGGUAACCUCAAGCGGAAGAAGGCAGCGCCGCUGUACGAUACCGACUCGCCGCUUGUCGCCGCCGCGCCCGGCCCAUCGGGCCACUCGGCCGUCUUUGCCCACCUCGACGGCACGCUCUUUGUCUUUGAGUUUGACCACGACGGCGCACCGGCGAGCCACUUUAAGGCCUCGGUGGCGCCGGCCGUCCCGCUGAGCGUCGGCUGGGGCUCGUCCAUCCUCGUUCCGGCCUCUGACAACAAGGUCUACUGCCUCACCGCCGACAAUCCGCCGGCGACUUCGCAAGUUCCGCUCGACUUUUCACGCGACCCUAGCUACGGUCCGCUCACCACGCUCGCCGUCUCGCCGUCGGGCGCCGCUGCCGUCCUUGGCUCGUACUCGGCCAUCUACCUCCUCACCUGGUCACCCGCGCGGAGCCGCUGGGUCAUUGCCGGUACCAAGCCGGCAUCCGGCAUGGGCGCACUCUCCUCGUUUGCCUGGUCACCGUCGGGCUCACGGCUGGUUGCCGGCUCGGCCCCGGGCUGCAUGGAGAUGUUCGACGCUGCCCUCAAGCGUGCCCGCUACCGCGGCCAGUUUGAAUUUACCUAUCUCGCCGCCAACCAGGUCCUUGUCAAGCCGCUUCUUGCUUCUUCGGCCAUCCCCGAGUCUGCUGCCUCGGACGGGGUGCUCGUCAAGGCCGAGCGCGGGCCCGAGAUCGAGAAGAUCAACAUUUUUCAAGGCCGCUACCUCAUCGCCACCACUCCGACCUCGCUCCUUGCGGCUGACCUCGGCCGCCUGGCGUUCUACUUUGACAACCCGUCCGUGUGCAUGAUCUUCAACGCCGGCGAGCUGACGCUCGUCCAGUACGGCGUCUCCGUCCCGCUCGCCACUGUGAGGACCGAGGUUGUCAACCCGCACCGGCUCUCCAUCUGCGUCCCGUCGCAGCUGGCCGCUACUCCGGCCAAGCUCGCCUACCUCCUCGACCCUUUCACCAUCUCUGUCUCGACGCUCGCGUCCGACGCCUACGACGCGGCUGCGGUCUCGAUCACUCACGACAAGAAGGUCGACUGGCUCGAGCUCUCUCGCAACGGCGACUAUCUGCUCUUCCGCGACAAGACCAAGUUCCUCUACCUGGUCUUCCUUGAGGCGGGCUCGGGCAACGCAUCGCGCGAGUCUGUCGCCGCUGCCGACGCCGGCCCGGGCGCCCACGCGCCUGGUGACAAGGUCACGCUCCUCUCGUACUGCUCCUACGUUCAGUGGGUGCCUUUUUCGGACGUAGUGGUUGCCCAGUCGCGCUCGACGCUCCACGUCUGGUACUCGGUUGCGUCACCGUCGUCAUGCGAGACUUUCCCCAUUGCUGGCGACGUCGACUCGAUUGUCCGUGCCGACGGCACCACGUACGUGGCCGUUGAUGAUGGUUUCAACACCUCGCAGGUGGUUCUCGACGAGGGCCUUAUCGAGUUUGGCGCUGCCCUGCAAGACUCAGACUUUGGCCGCGCCAUUGCCAUGCUCGAGGUGCUCGACCCGGCAUCGCCGCAGGCAGCCGGCAUGUGGGCCACGCUUGGUAGCCUUGCGCUGGAGGCCGGUAACCUCGUGGUGGCGCACAGGUGCUACGCGGCGACCGGCGACGUGGCCAAGGCCGCGUACCUCAAAGACGUGCUGGCGCUGGCGCGGGCCUCGGUCGAUGGCGCCUCACACUACGCGGUCCAGGCGCGACUGCUGGUGCUUCGCGGCACACCUCGCGAGGCCGAGUCGCUACUCCUUCGCUACGGCGGCGAGGCCGGCGUCCAAGAAGCCAUGCGCAUGUGGCAGGGUCUGCACAAGCACGGCGAGGCGCUGCGGGUCGCGCGCGAGGGUAACUUCCCGGGCCUGGCCACCUACAAAGAGGAGUACUUUGGCUGGCUGAUGGAGACGGCCCAGUUUGGGGAGGCAGCCAAGUUCAAGGCCGAUGAGGGCGAGUUUGCCGAUGCCAUUGCCCUGUACCUGCAGGGCUCGCUGCCUGCCCGCGCCGCGUCGCUGGUCACCGAGCGUGGGCUCGACGUCUCGGCCGACGUGCUGGAGCGCAUCGGGACUGCGUUGUUCAACUCGCGGAACUACUCCAAGGCCGGCGAGUUCUUUGAGCGGCUCGGCAAGUCAGACCGCGCGCUUGAUGCCUACCGCCAGGGCGGUGCGUACGGCAACGCGGUGGCGCUCGCACGGCGAGUCACCCCGGGUUCGGUGACCGGGCUCGAGGAGGAGUGGGGUGACUACCUGGUCAACGCCAAGAACUACGACUCGGCUGUGAACCACUACGUCGAGGCAGGUGCGUACGUCAAGGCGCUCGAGGCGGCGAUGAAGGCGCGGCUCUACACCAAGGCCCUCUCCCUGCUCAACUCACUGCCAGCCGACUCGGCAACAGGGUACGCGCUCAAACUCGCGGCUCACUUUGACGAGGUCGGCGAAUACGAGUCGGCCGAGACGCUGUACAUGCGGUGUGACCAGCCACGGUCGGUGGUGGAGAUGUACACCCGCGCUGGGAGGUUUGCCGACGUCUCGCGGCUCGCCGGCCACCUCGAGCCCGGCGAGCUUGCCUCGCUCUACUUGGAUCAGGCCGGUAAGCUGCACGCGGCAGGCAAGCUCGCCGACGCCGAGCGCAUGUACAUCGAGGCUGACGAGCCAGACUCGGCCAUCCAGAUGUACAAGCAGGCCGCCCGGUACGACGACAUGAUCCGGUUGGUCUCGGUCUUCCACAAGGACCUGCUCCUCGACACCCACCUGCAUUUGGCGCAGCAGCUCGAGUCAGAGAGCCGGCUGGGCGAGGCCGAGAAGCACUACCUUGCCGGACAAGAUCCCAAGGCCGCAAUCAACAUGUACCGCGCAGCUUCGCGGUGGGACGACGCCUACCGGGUCGCGCGCGAGGCCGCGCCGCAGGCCAUCGCCAACCAGAUUGCCUACUACUGGAUCAAGGCCGAGCAGCUGCCGUCGUCGAUUGUGGGCAAGCUUGGGCUGGCCCCGCCGGCGGUGGCCUACGCCAUGGACUCGGGCGAGUGGGAGAUGGCGACCGAGCUUGCCCACGAGCACUCAGCCCGGCAUCCAGCCCUUCUUGGCCAGGUCCAUAUCAAGCGCGCAUACGUGCUGGAAGAUGCCAACAACCUCGCCGAGGCUGAGACUCACUUUAUUGCGGCGGGCCGGCCGCGCGAGGCCAUCCUCAUGUACGCCCACGCCCACGACUGGGCAGCGGCGACCCGGGUGGCGCGCGAGAACGAUCCGUCGGCCAUGAAGGAUAUUUUUGUGGCGCAGGCCAAGGACGCCGCCGAGCGUGGCGACCUCGAAGCCGCCGAAAAGCUCUACCUUCGCGUCGAGCGGCCAGAGCUAGCCAUCGAGAUGUUUGUCGAAGCCGGCGACUGGCCCUCUGCUCUCCGCGUUGCCCGCGUCCACACCCCGCACGAGCUCGGUGAGGUUCAGGCCCGCUAUGAGCGGUCGCUGCAGUCUGCCGGCUCAGCGUCGAAGGAAGGCGUGCUCGAGCAGGCAUCCGUCUGGGUUGACCAGGGCGAGUACUCUAAGGCGAUCGACACGUACCUCGGGCUCUCGCCCGACGAGGUGGCGGACCACGACUUUCUGGAGGAGACCUGGGAGCGACACCUUGUCCCGCUGGCCAUCAAGUUUGUGCCGGAUCGCGUGGCCGAGGUCGUGACCAAGGUCUCGACCAUGCUUGUUGACAUGGGUCGCGUCCAGGUUGCCGCCGACCUCUACGCCGAGGUCGAGAUGUACAAGGAGGCACUCGACGUUCUCAUGUCUGCCGAAAUGUUUGAUCGCGCCGUCGACCUUGCCGCGCGUCGCGCACCAGGCUUUUCCGAUUAUGUGGCGGCCGAGAAGCGAGCAUGGCUCGUCAACCGCGGCGACGCGUCGAGCCUGCUUGCUGAAGGCGACACUCGCGCCGGGCUGGAGGUCCUUGCCUCGCAGGGCGAGUGGGAGCGGGUGCUCUCAACUGCAGACUCGUUGCGCGAUCCAGAGCUGCUCACCGGGUACACCACACGCUACGUUUCGCAGCUGCUCGAGUCUGGCAGUGAGUCCAGAUUCGUGGAGGCUGUCCGGGUGUACGCUCGGUAUCCACCUCUGGCGCUCGCCCAGCACAUGCCGCUCUUUGCCCGCCUGGCCAAGGAGGUGCUCAGCGGGAUGGAACUCGAUGUAGUGAGCGAACUCAAGACCUUCCUUUACGCCCUGGAAGCCGGUGCCCUCGAGCAGUAUCUGCUCCUUGCGCACCUGCUCAAGGGGGACGCCUCGCAGCUUCUGGUCCGUCUCUCGUUCGCGCUCCUCCGCUACGCGCACGUCCUGCCUGCGGAUCGGCUCUUCUACGAGGCUGGAGCGGCCGCAAUCAAGGCCGGCUCAGUGGCAAGCGCGUUUGUGGCCUGGAACCGGUUUGUUGACAUUGCCGACGCCAUGCGUGACGGCGAGUUGGUCGGCGACACUCUGUUUGACGAGACCGACGUCCCGCGUGACCUGUUUAUUCCGGAGGAGUCGGCGGCCUUUGUCCCGCACGCCGAAGUCGAGCGCAUCCGCAACUGGGUCAUCGAAAAGGGCAUGGAGGAGGUUGAAGGCAAGCUGGACGGCUCGCCGUGCGCGCGGUGCGGCGCGUUCAAGUGGGCUGGUGGCCUCGUGUGCACCGCCUGCGGCGAUGCCGGCUCCGACGUGUGCAUCGUGACUGGUGAGGCCGUCGGCGCGUCGGGCGCGUCGGGCAAGGCCUGCAACGCCUGCGGCAUGCUCGCCGCUGCCGACGCGUGGAACGCUUGGAUCCGGGUCGGAGGUGGCUCUUGUGCGUGGUGUGGCGAGCGAGUCUCGCUCAACUGGCAGUGA